CUUACGGGCCCAGAUCAGGCCCGACCAUAAGUCGCGUGCACAAAUGCACCCACCAGCAUGCUAUUCAUACGGUAGCGCCAAUACCACGUUUAUGGUUCAUGCAAGUGUACUGCAUAUGAUACGGAACACCCCGUAGAUUGCCACGAGCUGUCCCUUGCUUGAGCUGGCCUCCCCAUGCAGUGGAUCAGGUCCUUUCCAUAUACAUAUUAUUCACCCUGAUCCCUGUUACAUCUCUCAUUUCCAGAGUUAUCCUUAUUACAACCACCCUUGAUACCUACACACUCGGCGCAGGCUCCCAUGGAGCCUCUGAUCUAGCAAGUGCAGCCAUUAAAAGAUAAUGGCUAUUAAAGUACCUCCCGGCCAAUCACCACCAUUCGAAACGGUAGAUGGUGACCACCAUGCUGGAAUUAUCAUCAUUGUUUCUGCUAUCUGUCUGGUGUUGUCAUUGGUGUGUCUGCUUAUUCGACUCUACGUGCGGUUCUUUCUCAGUCCACCAUUUGGAAUUGACGACGUGAUUCUUCUGGGAGCGACUCUUUCGGCGGUGGUGGAGUCGGUGGUCGUUUUUUACACGGCACACCUCGGAUUUGGAACGGCGAUCCGACUCCUCGACGAUCAUGUUAUCAGAAGAAUCCAAAACUCUGUUGUUGCGGCCGACGUCCUCUAUCUCAUCACAUUGUACCUUUCACGAUGCUGCGUCGUGGCUAUUUAUUCGCGGUUGACACCUCGAAGAAGGCACAAGAAUACAUUAUGGGGAAUCCUUGGCUUUUCAACAGCCGGCAUAAUUGCUUCAGUUUUCCUGAUCACGAUCAAUUGCUCACUUAAUAAGCCAUGGGUAACUCCAGUCGAGCAUUGCAGUAGUCUGUUCGCCCGAUGGCAAUUUAUUACGGCGAUCGAUAUUAUUACGGAAAUUGCGCUGUUUGUGUUUUCCAUCUUCUUAAUUUACGGGCUCCAAAUGGCUGUUAAGCCGAAGUUGGUGAUUAUGGUGGCAUUCGCUGCUAGGAUUCCCCUUGUCGCCUUCGAAGCGGUCCGCCUCUCCGAGUUCCACUCCUUUACCACCUCUCGAAACCCUACCUUUGACGCCAUCGCUCACUACACCUGGACUCAAAUUGCCCUGAACUAUUCCCUAAUCGCAUGCACUGCCUUCUGCCUCCGCCCCUUCAUGAACGCUGUGACGACGUCCUACGGUACAGCCGGCGACUCUAACCUAAGCACCAGCCGGAGUUAUCCCUAUGCUUCGGAUCGAGGUCGCAGCAACCAGGGCAGUUAUGCAUUACAGUCGCUCCAGAAUCGAUCUGUUGCUGCGCCCGAGCCAGAUCUCUUCCGUCCGAAGGUUGGCACCGGGGAGACGACGGUUACCUCCACUCAACCAGGGUUUUCGACGGGCGGCCACUCAGAUCGUGAUGACCGAAAUAGCAUCGGCAGCGAUGGCAGCACGAAGAUGAUCAUCAAAAAAGACGUGGAGUAUACGGUGCAUAGCUCACCAAAUCCCGAUCGCUGAUACGCUAUUCUUUUUCCUUUGUCUUUUUCUUAAGUGCGAUUUUUUAUUAAAACAAAAAAAGGUUGAAACAGGCAUAUACAUGUAUAGUAGCCAUGCUGAACGAUAUUACGAACAUAUAUAGAUUUAGAACGGACGUCUGGAUGGUCGGUGAGGAGCCUAAGGGUACUGAUCACUUAAUUGAUAAUGCCUACCAUUUGUAUGCAUCUGCCUUUAUAGUAGAUGACAGGAUCUACCACAAGCUCUGCUUAUUUUCCAAGCUCCGUAGGUCUUUCUCCAAAUGGGC